AUGGAAAAAAUCCGAGUCCUGGAUCGCAAAUGUAUUAGGACUUGCCUGAAGGUAUACCGCUCUCGUGAGUCCAACUUCAAGAAGCAAAUCAGCAAUGAAACUUUAUACAACAUUGCUAACAUCCCCCGGAUCGACAAUUUUAUAAUUAAGUUAACGCGAGAUUACUUUGCGAAACUCUCUUCAAUUGAGAAUAAAGAAAUUAAAAAGAUCUUGGAAACACCUGACCAACAGAUCUACAUCACGAACCACAACUCAGCUUGCCUACCACCACAAGCGUUUAUCUACUUUGACAAAAAAGGCAUCAUACAAGACAGCAACAACGUACCAACAAUAUAUCAUUGGGGCAGAAAUGUAGCAAACAAAAGAAUUAAUUUGACAACUGAUAUGAUUGCUAACAAUAAAUAUGAUCCAGUUUAUUCAAUGGCCUUACCAGAACGAGAUAAAAUGGACUUCUACAGUCUUGAUGAAAGAUACUGGUGGCUAGAGGACUCCUGUCAUCGUAUAAAAUUAAAAUUAAGAAAGCUCAACGGCUGGUCGGCGACGUGGUGA